GAGUGUGUUGGGUUAGAUCCAAACAGACUUUAAAGGUGGCCAGCAGCACGAACGCGUCCAGCUCCGUACUGCCACCUUCUCGGUAGGAGGUCCAAAAGUGGGCGAAGGGCAAGUUUCCAGCUGCUCGCAGGGAGGAGUCGUAAGAGAUUGUUGCGGAGUGCAAGCGAGCCGUGUGUGUUAGUUAUUUAUCGAGAAUCUGUACCUUUUGCUAGCAGUGUUUCUACAUCAAGCAUCACAUCGGGCUAAUCAUUUUCGCAGGAUUUUGCGGCUCGCAACCGGAUACGGUGCACUGGGUGGGUGGCUUCGGGUGAAAUUUGAAUCGUAAUUUGGCAAACCUUUUUGGCUGACGGACGUGACACGAUGCCCAGCGCCAGAAGAAUGAUCCUGGGGCACGUCAUGUCCGGUCUCUGCACCAAGAUGAACCGCACCAAGCAGCUUCCGGCAGAUUUGAUGGAAACUCCACUGAAUAGAUGUUUAAACACAUUCGACAUCACGCUGCUGGGUAUCGGUCAUAUGGUCGGCGCUGGAAUCUAUGUGCUCACCGGAACCGUCGCACGCGAGAUGGCCGGUCCAGCGAUCGUACUUUCGUUUAUCCUGGCCGGGCUGGUGUCGCUGCUGGCCGCCCUGUGCUAUGCGGAAUUUGGAACCCGCGUCCCGAAGGCUGGCUCGGCCUACGUCUACACGUACGUUUCUAUUGGCGAGUUUUGGGCGUUUGUCAUUGGCUGGAAUAUAAUCCUGGAGCAUAUGCUGGGGGCAGCCUCGGUGGCCCGUGCCUGGAGCGGGUACGUUGACUCGAUGCUGGGCAACAUCGUCGCCAACAUCACGAUGGAAAUUACGGGCGAGAUGCACGAGCAGCUGCUGGCCAAGUAUCCCGACUUUCUAGCGUUCUUCGUGUGCAUCAGCUAUGCGGUCGCGCUGGCGGCUGGCGUUAAGGCAACGGCCAUGAUAAACAGUAUUCUGACGACGGUCAAUGUGGUCGUGAUGGCGCUGGUUGUGGUGUUGGGCUUCUGGUAUGCGUCGCCCGACAACUGGUCACUGCCAGAGCAGGGCUUCAUGCCGUACGGGUUCGGCGGUGUGCUAGCCGGUGCGGCCACCUGUUUCUACGCGUUCGUGGGAUUCGACAGUAUCGCAACGUCCGGUGAGGAGGCGAAAAACCCUAGCUUUUCUAUACCGCUCGCCACCAUUCUGUCGCUGUGUGUGGUGACGGUCGGGUACGUGCUGGUCAGUGCGGCCCUAACGCUGAUGAUUCCCUACAACGAAAUUAACCCGGCGGCAGCGCUGCCGGACGCGUUCGGUAUGCGCGGCAUCACGUGGGCUAAGUAUGCGAUCUCAACUGGAGCCAUCUGCGGUAUGACGACGACGCUGCUCGGAUCGCUCUUUGCGCUGCCCCGCUGCCUGUACGCGAUGGCAAGCGAUGGAUUGCUGUUUUCGUGCUUCGGCAAGGUAAAUACGAAGACGCAGGUUCCGCUACUGAAUCUCGCCCUGUCCGGUAUCUGUAGUGCACUGUUGGCGCUGCUGUUCGAUCUGGAAAAGCUGGUAGAGUUUAUGUCGAUCGGUACGCUACUGGCCUACACGAUCGUGUCGGCUAGUGUUAUAGUUCUGCGCUACCGGCCGAUAUCGGUAGAGGAAACCGUUCACCUUGCGCCCGAUACACCCGGCACGGAUGAGGAAGACGGUGGACCGACACUACCUGGUAGCGGAGCACCGGGUGCCCCGGGUGGUGGCAUUGAUUCAUCGUCCCAGUCCAGUACCAUCGAUCCAUCGUCACCAACGAGUGAGAUGAUCGAGAUUGCUCUGGCCGGACGGUUAAGACCCCAGUUUCGCUGGUUAGAGCCCGUGCUGGGUCGUUGUGAACCGGGCGUGGCCUGUUCCGGUGCGGUGUUAAUGUUCUGUGUGCUAAGCGUAGCGGUUUGCUUCCAGCUGGAGAACUCCUGGGAUGAGCUGUACAACGGAACCUGGUGGGCGUUAGGCCUUUAUGGUUUUCUACUUUUCUGUCUCGUUGCUUGUGUUGUUGUAAUUUCGGCUCAUCACCAAAAUACUCGCGGACUGCAGUUCAAGGUACCGUUCGUACCGUACAUCCCAGCAUUGAGCAUCUUCUGCAACAUCGAGCUGAUGGUGCAUCUGAGCUUCCUGACCUGGUUGCGCUUUUUCAUCUGGCUGUCCAUCGGUAUGCUGGUGUACUUCCUGUACGGUAUCCACAACAGCAAGGAGGGUGAACUCGGCACGUCCUACUCUAUGCUGAUGUCUACCAGCGAAGCGAUCCGUGGCUGGGGCUCCACCAGCACGGCCCUCGGCGGUGGCACUAAGGUAACGGUUACUAAGAUAAUCAAGGGCAGAAUUAGCCGAAAGACGGCCGGCGACAGGCAGGCGAUCGUGGAUGAUGACGAUGAUGAAGAUUCUUAAAUAAGAAUCCGACAGAAUCUAGUUCCUUUCUUCCUCCAUUCCUUCGCCCCUGUUGCACUGCAUGUGGUAUGUGUUGAGGAUAAGUUUCAAUUAUCUGUGCAGUGAGUCUCGUCUAUCCGUAGGUGAAGAUGAGAGUCAUGCAUUGUGUUAUGGGUAUUUCCGUUGAUUUUUAUAUUUAUUCCGAGCCCCGCAGCCAAACGACAGGGACGGACACACACUCGGAACAUUCGUAUUGAAGGCUAUCAACCAAACAAAAAAAAAAAAACGGUCCAAAUCACAAGUACACUGUCAAAUAUAGGGAUAUCAUCAGCGCAGAACUUAUAGGUACAUGUUUGUUAACAUUUUAAGAACGAAGCUAUCUACCAAAGAGUCUAUUUCUCCUCCGAUUUGUCCCCAGAGUAAAGGAACGCCACACCUUUGUACUAUAGAGCUAUAUUGUUGCAUAUUAUUUAAUAUAUUCACUUUGUACACCGGUCUACCAAGCUCUGUGGAUUAAGACGAAGCGAUAUUUAACAGUAAAUAUUCUACGAAAUGGGUUACAACCUAUUUCCUAUUUGCACAGUAUUAGAUAUUAUGCUACUAACAGAUUGCCUUAGGAAACAAACACAUGUGUCUGCAUAAAGUAAGUGUAACGCGUUAAGUUUUCUGUUGCGCUAGUCGUGAGAGAUUUUGGUUAAUUCGUUUCAUCUACGAUAGUUUUAAAUUUUCUUCCAGAAG